GCGCUGCCCUGCGGCCAGCCCCGGGCGGCCGCUCCGCGUCUGCUGAUCGGCGGGAGGCUGUCGGGGCGGCGGCGCUGCCUCGCUGACUGCGGCGUGGGGUUGGCGUUUCGGAAGGAGGAGGAAGAGGAGGGAGCUGGAAAAAGCUCUGCGGCUCGCAGCGGCCCGGGCGGGGGUGGGUCGGUGCAUGCAGCGCGGGGCGCACGCAGCAGCCUGCGGGACGCGGCCGGACGGAGGAUCCGCGCCGCCGCUGCUCGGUGCCGGUGCCGCGGGGGCGAGGGGCCGCCGCGGGGCCGCCGCCUGCCGCUCCGCCCGGCCGCGGGGGCCGGGGCUCGGCGCAGCCGGGCGCACACGUGGGCGCCUCUGCCGGCGCCGCCGCGGGGGCUGAGCGCCGCCGGGCGCGGGGCGGUGCCGCCGCCGCCGCCGCCGCUGCCCGCCGGGAGCCGCCGGGCGCCGCGGGCGCACGGCGGGGCUCAGCGCCGCGCCGGCACCCUCUUCCCCGCCGGCUGCGGCAGCAGCAGCAGCAGCAGUAGCGGCGCCCUGUAACGCUGCCCAUCGCAGCUCCUUCUCCCCCUCCUUUUUUCUUUUUUUUUUUUCCCUCUUCCUUCUUUUUUCUUCAAUUUUUUGUUUUCCAGCCUGCUUCGCCAGCGCGCUGAGAACAGUCUCUCUUCCAUUUAUUUGAUUCGCAGGUUUGUUUAUCUCUUUGGGGUUUUUUUUUCCCUCCCCCCCUUUUUUGCUGGCCGGCUCACUCCACCCCCGAAUUUUAUCUAGUUGUAGCAACUCGCUUCCUUCUGGUUUUUUUUUUUUUUAAAUUAGUAUUUUUUUCACCGGCGCCUCCCGUGUGUCUUUCGAUUGCGAGUCGUCCUUGCAGUACGGUUUUUAACUGCGUUUUGCCUGCAGAUCUUCUCUUUGUUUGCACACAUCCCCUUUUUAUUUUUUAAUUUUUUUUUUCGUGCUUGUUGUUGUUCGUUGUUAAAGUCACUCUUUUUUUGGGGGGCGCUGUAUUUAAACACUUAAAAUGCACUGCUAUCUCCUGAGCGUGUUUCUCACCGUGGAUCUGGCCACCGUGGCUUUCAGCCUGUCUACCUGCAGCACCCUCGAUAUGGAUCAGUUUAUGCGCAAGAGGAUCGAGGCGAUCCGGGGGCAGAUCUUGAGCAAACUGAAGCUCACCAGCCCCCCGGACGAGUACCCCGAGCCCGAGGAGGUGCCCCCGGAGGUCAUCUCCAUCUACAACAGCACCAGGGACCUGCUGCAAGAGAAAGCCAACCACAGAGCCGCCACUUGCGAAAGGGAGAGGAGCGACGAGGAGUAUUAUGCCAAAGAAGUUUACAAAAUAGACAUGCAGCCUUUUUACCCCGAAAAUGCCAUCCCACCGAGCUAUUACAGCCUUUACUUCCGAAUCGUCAAAUUUAAUGUCUCAGCGAUGGAGAAGAAUGCCUCCAACUUGGUGAAGGCUGAGUUCAGGGUCUUCCGCCUGCAGAACUCGAAGGCACGGGUCUCAGAGCAGCGGAUAGAGCUGUACCAGGUUGUAAAAUAUAAAGAAUUAUCAUCACCAGGACAGCGCUACAUUGACAGCAAAGUAGUUAAAACAAGAGCUGAAGGAGAAUGGCUGUCUUUUGAUGUCACUGAGGCUGUACAUGAGUGGCUCCAUCACAGAGACAGGAACCUUGGAUUUAAGAUAAGCUUACAUUGUCCAUGCUGCACCUUCGUGCCUUCCAAUAAUUAUAUCAUCCCAAAUAAAAGUGAGGAGCUUGAAGCAAGAUUUGCAGGUAUUGAUGACUACACAUAUUCCAGUGGUGAUGUGAAAGCUUUAAAGUCCAAUAGGAAAAAAUACAGUGGGAAGACCCCACAUCUUCUGCUAAUGUUAUUACCCUCCUACAGACUUGAGUCGCAACAGCCCAGUCGGCGGAAGAAGCGUGCUCUAGAUGCUGCCUAUUGUUUUAGGAAUGUGCAGGAUAAUUGCUGUCUGCGUCCACUUUAUAUUGACUUCAAGAGGGAUCUUGGCUGGAAAUGGAUUCAUGAACCUAAAGGAUAUCAUGCUAAUUUCUGUGCAGGAGCCUGCCCAUAUUUAUGGAGCUCAGAUACUCAGCACAGCAGGGUACUCAGCUUGUAUAAUACCAUAAAUCCAGAAGCUUCUGCCUCUCCGUGCUGCGUCUCCCAAGAUUUGGAACCCCUCACCAUCCUCUACUACAUUGGCAAAACACCCAAAAUUGAACAGCUGUCCAACAUGAUCGUAAAGUCUUGCAAGUGCAGCUAAAGGAUAUCCCUGAAACAGCAUGAUGUGUGUGUAUUGAAAAAAAUAACCAAGAAAAAAGUGAAAGAGCGAGAAGGAAAGAAAGAAAAAUGAAAACCCAGGUUCAUCAGUGUUAAAAGAAAAAAAAAAAAAAAGAAGAAAAAAAGCGGUACUAGUCUGAACUGUUUGAAAGUUUGUUUUGUUUUUUUUUUUUUGUUUAAACUGGCAUCUGAAGCAAAACAUUGAAGGCCUUUAUCCUACAUUUCACCUACACAUAGUGUGAGGUAGACAAGAAGCAAAGUUAAAGAAAAAAAAACCUUUUAAAAAAUAAACACUGGAAGAAAUUUGUUAGUGUUACUAUGUGAAAGGAAAAAACCAGGAAAAUCCCAUGAAGUGGAGUUGCUGUAUCUGUCCCGUGCCUUACUUGAUCUCUCUGUAUUGUUAUGCAAUAGGCAUCCUACCCAUUCCUCUUAGUUGUAGAGUAAACAGUGCAUUAUUUAUUUGUGUGUAAAAACUAUCAAAUGAACGUUUCCGUAUCGCCAUUGGAAAAAAGAAAACCAGCCAAUGUGGACAAAGUGGAGACCAAAUAAGCUGCCAGAAAUACAUAUAAAGCCUAAAGGAACACAAGCUCAAAAGAAUCAGAAAAGUAAUGGUUAGUUUAGUUUGAUUAAAAUAGAAAUCGGUUAUUGUAUUAUUGAGAAACUCUGCCUUUAAAAUACCUUAUUUUUCAUGCCAGCUGCCUAGAGAGGCUUCUUGUAAGGUCUCAAACCCUUGUUUUAAAUACUGAAUAAUUUACUAAUAAAGGACACUCUGUUUCAGUCUCAAAGACAAGUCUAUAAGAAUUUUUUUUUUACUGUAAAUGAUUUAAAAUGUCAGCUUAGUAAACCAGUGAAAUAUUUAACAUGUACUGGUCUAAUCUUCAGACCUUAAUAUGUUGCUGUAUAGCUAUGCUAUGGGAUUUUUUUGUUCUUUUGGUAUAUGUAACCAUACCUAGAGUAUUACAAUAGGUGGGUAGUAAAAGCCAGCUUAAUUGGAAACAUAUCUGUAGAUCUCUAUUUGUAAACUAUUAAAAAAUCAAGUACUUUAUGUGUAAUGUGUAAAUUUUCACCAUAUUUUUGUACUCUGUAAUACUGUCAGCUCUCAUGAGUUUGAAUUUGAAUUUGGGGCUCUUUUUGAUCACUCAGAAUCAUGUGUUUCCCUCUAGCUGGCCAGUAUGAGUAGAGUCCCUGUAUUUUGACUUGCACUACAAAUACAUGUUUUUUAAUAAUUGCUAUACAUGUGGUUUGUAUGUUGUUCAUCAUUAUGACAUAAGCUACCUGACUCCAUUUGUUUUUCUGUUUUAUAAAAAGGAUGGAUUAAAGCAAUCUCUCCCCCCUCCCCCCCGCCCUUGGUUGUCCCCAUUUGUAACACUUGAAUCGCGAUGCGGUUCGGAUUCCUAGACCUUCUUACUUCCUUUUGGCUAUAGACAUUCAAACAGAUGGGCAGGGAUCAAGGUGUUGCAAGAAGAGAUGUCCCAGCCUGGCUGAGGCAAGGCAAACCCUUGCAGAGAAUGACAUUCACCACUGUGCAGAGGCUGGUAGGAAGCGCCUGCCACGGUGAUGCCCCACAUGGGGCGCGAGUGGGAUCAGUUUGCGGUCAGAGGCCGUGCGUCGGCCAUGCACUCAGCGGGGGCUUGCCACCGCAGUUAGUCCAUGGGACUGAUCCUGCUCCUACUGCAGGUAACAGAGGUUUGCCUUUAACUUCUGCAGCGGCACAGCAGGCCCCUGUAAGCUGUUGGAGUGUGCGUAAGGAUUAGUAGGACCAGACCCUUGAUUUUUGUGAGUUUGCCAAUUUUUUUCCAAUUUGAGUUCACAUAAAUAUUCUUUUAAAAAAAAGAGAAGGAGAAAGAGCCAUGGGGUUCCUAGGGUUUUGUUGUUGUUACACAUGUUUAAAUAUUGUAGGGGGAGUAAAACAAAAAAUCCACAUCAUACUCUUCAUUUUAAAAAAGCCCCAACCUAAAUUAGCAAAAAAGCCAUGAAGAAGGCGCAUUCAGUUCAUUUCCUGUGAUGAAUGGUUUUGCACAGCAAAGCUGGAAAACUGCGUUAGAAAUGUACUACUUGGAUGAGAAGGACAUUUUCUGUCAAUGACCCGAGCGGUGUCGGGAGGAUGCUCCUGAGCUUGAUGUUGUCAGCUCCAGUUUUAAGAAGUGCAAUUUCUUUGGCUUCAGCAGAACACUGAUGCAAAACUGAAGUACCGCAGCGGCUUGCACAUGCAGCUCCUCGGGACUUCGGUAGAGACUGUGCUUAUUGCCUAGAUGGAAACGUAGCCCCACAGAUGAUCUAAUCCCACCCGUUGACUCAGCGCAGAGGAGGAGGUAUGUUAGACUUCUGAUUUAUUUAGUGAGUUGAGAUGAACAAGUGAAAAAUCUGUCCUGCUAACACUUGCUUGAGCCAGACUUACUCCAGUGAGAAGAUGCACUGAACUCAGUGAAACUCCUCAGGGUAGUAAAUACUCUGGAUUUUGUUGUAUACAGCAGCAAAAUUAGUUUUAUCAGGUUCAGUAUGAGAACUGUAUUUUUGUUGGACAGGAAAGGAGACAAGGAUGAACACGUUUUAAAAAACUUAAUAACAUUUUUGCAGUUCUCUGCUAUGGGAAUGCAGCUCAAAACCAGUUUUGAAGCUUUGAAAAAGUGGAAUAGGAGAUAGCAUAAUUGUCCAACUAUACUCACUAUGCGCUGGACGCAGCUGAAAAUUUCGGUUUGGGUUUGGAGUGUUUCUCUAAAUUUAAGUAUAAAACCUUAUUUCUGUAAGUCAUUACCCCAAGAUUGAAUACUUUUUUGUUUCUACUUUUUUUUCUCAAAUGCACUGAUAUUAUUUGAAAUACUCUAUUAUAAAGCUCCUAACGAUUUUUUUGUUUAUUUGUUUAUUAGUCAUGUGUUUCCCUUUAACUACCAAGGAUGUUAGGCCUGAUCCUACAAUGUGCAGAACUCAUGGGUGAAAUUCCCCUCUACAGAGUGGGGUAAUGUGAGACCUAAGCACUGCUCAGGUCUGAUGUAAAUCCCCCUCGAAUGAUGUUUAGACGGGUCUGCAACAGCUCAAGGACUUUGUGCCAGAGGCCUUAUCACAACAAGGUAAUUGCCACUGUCUGAGCAAAGUCCCUGAGAACUGGUGGGAAAUGUUCAGCACCUUGAAUGAUCAGACCCAAGGGGUCAACUGGGGCUGAGGGGGAAUCUUAGCACUUAGCUGGGUGGGGUAGGACAGCAUUUUUUAUGUGUUUAGCAUCAAUACAAUUGUAUGGUUGGCAUUGUUUAAAGGAGGAAAAAAAGGAACUUAAAGGACAGCUGUGUUGUACUUUGGUGAUCGAUUACUCUGUAUUUUAACACAUUGUAUGUCUGUUUUUGUGGUGCUCUAGUGGUAAAUAAAUUAUUUCAAUUAUA